AUGAAGAAGCAAGGGGAAGAGGUAAAGGACGAGUUAAGAAAAGUGAGUCAAAAGUGGGCAGAAUGGGAUCAAUUAUGGAAUGGAGAGAAAGAAAAGGUGUGGAAUGAAUUGGAAUGUAUAGAAAAUAGGCAGAGAGAGAGAGAGAAUGAGGAGGUUAGGAAAAGGGACAUGAAACUGUUAGAAGAGAGAGAGAGAGAGAGCAAAAUAGAACUAAGCAAUAAGUCUAAGAUGGGAGAGAAAGGCAGUAUGGAAGAAGUGAGAGAGUGUGAGGUGGUCAAGCGUGAGCAGAAUGAAAGGUGGCGCUUGAGACUGAUUGAGGCUGAAAGGAGAAUGGAAGGGGAAGAGAGAGCGAAAAGGAAAAAGAACAUAAUAGUGAAGGGUUUUAAAGUGGACAGUGAAAGGGCAGAGGAAGAGAUUAUGAAGGUGAUGAGAGACAUCGGCGCGCAAUUCAGACUGAUAGAGAUACGAAGAUUAGGAGGGAAUAAAGAGGGCAGAGAAUCUAUGUUUUUAGUGAACUUGGGGAGUGAGCAGGACAAAAAUGAAGUUAUAGAGAAAAAGAAGUUGUUGAAAAGACGAAAUGAAAGAAUCGAAGAAGAUCUGAUGUGGCGGAAAAAGAGAAGAAAGUUGCUAAUCGAGCGAAAGACAUGGGCUGAGAAGUGUAAUGGUAAUAGGGUAAGAAUUGAACGAUAA